UUCAAGAAUCCAUGUCUGGUUUAAUCAACAACCUGCACGAAAAUGGCGAGGUUUACCCACAACAACAAACACACAUACACAAGGACACUUUUGCUUUUGUCUUGUCUUGCUCUCAUAGGAGCUGCUCUCAUUGCAGAUUUCAUGUUGGCAUCUUCUUCUUGUUCUUCUGCAUAUUUAUCAAUCGCAUCCAAAUGGGCUAGGCAGAAAUCGGGGUUCAUAGUUGUGCCAAACCUUAAUGCUAGCAAAGUUGGCCAGAAAGAAUCGAUGGCUGUGAAAGAUAAAGCAGAGAGGAUUCCAGAAAGAUCACUAUCAGCAACUUUUGCUGAUUUACCAGCACCAGAAUUAGAAUGGGAGCAAAUGCCAUCAGCGCCUGUGCCACGUCUUGAUGGAGCAGCAAUUCAGAUUAAGAAUCUUUUUUAUGUCUUUGCAGGAUAUGGAACCCUUGACUAUGUGCAUUCUCAUGUAGACGUAUACAAUUUCUCAGAUAAUAAAUGGGUAGACAGAUUUGAUAUGCCAAAAGAGAUGGCACAUUCGCAUUUAGGAGUGGUAAGCGAUGGGAGAUACAUAUACGUAGUCUCAGGGCAAUAUGGCCCUCAAUGCAGAGGCCCUACAGCUCGUACAUUUGUUCUUGACACUAAGAUGAGGAAAUGGCGCAGCAUGCCUCCAUUACCAGCUCCCAGGUAUUCUCCUGCUACUCAAUUAUGGAGAGGCCGGCUUCAUGUGAUGGGUGGCAGCAAAGAGAAUCGCCACACGCCCGGAUUGGAACACUGGAGUAUUGCAGUGAAGGAUGGCAAAGCAUUGGAGAAAGAGUGGCGCACAGAAAUUUCUAUUCCUCGUGGUGGACCUCAUCGGGCUUGCAUUGUGAUUAAAGAUCGGCUUUUUGUUAUUGGUGGUCAAGAGGGUGAUUUUAUGGCCAAACCUGGAUCACCAAUUUUCAAAUGUUCACGCCGGCAUGAGGUAGUUUAUGCUGAUGUUUAUAUGUUGGAUGAGGAGAUGAAGUGGAAAACAUUACCUCCAAUGCCGAAACCCAAUUCUCAUAUAGAGUGUGCUUGGGUAAUCGUCAAUAAUUCGAUCAUCAUAACAGGAGGUACAACAGAAAAGCACCCAGUGACCAAAAGGAUGAUUUUGGUUGGGGAGGUGUUCCAAUUCCAUUUAGACUCACUGACAUGGUCCGUGAUUGGAAAGCUUCCGUACCGAGUAAAAACCACCUUGACUGGUUUUUGGGAUGGAUGGUUGUAUUUCACUUCUGGACAGCGGGAUAGAGGACCUGAUAAUCCACAACCAAGGAAGGUCAUUGGAGAAAUGUGGAGAACAAAGUUACAUUUAUGAAUUUUGAAUUUUGAUACAUACGCCACCAUAGCUACUGUAAAAUUUUGAUAG